CCAUGAUGGAGGAGCACCAGCCUCUUAUAUCACAAGCAGAAAAUUACCAUAAGAAUUCUGAGGGAAACUUCAUGUUGUCACUAAAUUAUAAAGUAGAAGAUGAAGACAUCAUGCAAUGCUCUUCAGGAGAAAACCUUAAUGUACAUCCAGGACUUCACAGUACAGAUCUGUCAUAUAAUUCCCCUGUUCAUGAGGAAUCUUCAUCUGACCAAUCACAGUUUGCUACCACAAGUGCCGGUCAGAAAGGGGGUGAAAGGUUUCAAGAGAUCACAAAAAGAUCAAGUCUUUCUACAGACAGAAGAAUUCGCACACAAGAGGACAAGCUGUUUUCAUGUCCACAAUGUGGGAAAUAUUUUGCAUAUAAAUCAGCGCUUGUUCGACAUGAGAGAAGUCACACAGGAGAGAAGCCGUAUUCAUGUUCAGAAUGUGGGAAAUAUUUUGCACAUAAAUCACAUCUUGCUAGACAUGAGAGAAGUCACACAGGAGAGAAGCCAAAUUCAUGUUCAGAAUGUGGGAAAUAUUUUGCAUGUAAAUCACAUCUUGUUAGACAUGAAAAAAGUCACACAGGAGAGAAGCCAUAUUCAUGUUCAGAAUGUGGGAAAUGUUUUACAGAAAAAUUCUAUCUUGUCAGACAUGAGAGAAUUCACACAGGAGAGAAGCCGUAUUCAUGUUCAGAAUGUGGGAAAUGUUUUAAUGCUAAAUCAAGUCUUGUUACACAUCAGAGAAUGCACACAGGGGAGAAGCCAUACUUCUGUUCAGAAUGUGGGGACUGUUUUAUUACUAAAGCCAAACUUAGUUAUCAUCAGAGAAGGCACACUGGAGAGAAACCAUAUUCAUGUUCAGAUUGUGGGAAAUGUUUUAAUGCUAAAUCAAGUCUUGUUACACAUCAGAAAUUACAUACAAGGGAGAAGCCGUAUUCAUGUUCAGAAUGUGGGAAAUGUUUUACAGAAAAAUUACAUCUUGUUAAACAUGAAAGAAAUCACACAGGAGAGAAGCCUUUUUCAUGUUCAGACUGUGGGAAAAGUUUUACACUUAGACAAACUCUUGUUAAACAUGCACUACGUCACACAGGAGAGAAGCCGUAUUCAUGUUCAGAAUGUGGGAAAUGUUUUACACAGAAACCAAGUCUUGCUGCACAUCAGAGAAGUCACAGAGGAGAGAAGCUGUAUUCAUGUUCAGAAUGUGGGAAACGUUUUACACUUAGACAAAAUCUUGUUAAACAUGCGCUACGUCACGCAGUAAAGAAGCCGUAUGCAUGUUCAGAAUGUGAGCAAUGUUUUACGCAAAAAUCAGAUCGUGAUAGUCAUGAGAAAAGUCACAGAAGAGUAAGGAUACGAUCACAAUUCCAGAAUUUAGACUUUGAUUUCGAUUCCAAUUAAAGAAUGACGUUAUUCGAUAACAAAUAAAAUAACACAAAUACCCACAGUAACCCAUGUUGCCCAUUAUGUGAAGAGGUACUUGAUGAGGCACUUACUAUUAAUGUAAGGCACAAGGAACUACAAAUUAAUAAAACCUCACAUUAAUAGUAACACAAUUAAAUACCUUCUCACAUAAUGGGCAACAGGAUUAAUAUGUGGAGGCACAUGAUGGAAUUAAUGUGAUGCACAUGGAAGCCCAAAUUGAUAAAACCAUGUGCCUCACAUGGUAAGACCAUCAAGUGCGUCCUGAUGAAAUGGAAAACACAAGAUUAAAAUGGUUGUGCAGCAAUAUAUAUUGAUGACCUAUCCUCAAUGACCCCAAUCCAUACGCGGUGGGUUCUGGAUGUAUAAUACAGCUGGCACCUUGCAGCAAUGACGGGGAACGGCAAUCGCACCGAACCCUGUCACUUAACCACUCAGAUGCCGCCUUCAACAGCGAUUGCUGCCUAUGUGAGGUAAGGCAGAGGGAUGCAGCUCUCUCUGCCUUCCGAUUGGAGAAAUUGCUUCUAAAGCUUCCCAGGCCUGCCAUGGUAAGCUCCCUCUAUGAUUAUCUGUACUGUUAUAAAGAUGUAUACGGUCUGUGGAA